AUGUCGCGGCGGAAAAACGGUCCCAUUGUUGAAUAUCUAAAUAACAUCUCAGCAUGGCAUCACAUUUCAGCUCAGAUUGUCGACUAUAUACAACAUCCAUAUCGAGGGUUACGGGCCAAGUCGAAGCGGGUUGACGAUCUGGGAAAUGGGUCGGUGCUAUCCUCGCGCGAAGCAGGUUACCCCCUCCCCGUGGCCCUCAUUGCCAGAUACCAGCUUACAACCGUGGAUGCAUUUGCUUGUGAGAUAUCAAUCGACGAUCCAUACUCACAAAUGACUCACCAGCAAUGGAUGGAAUCUCUCUGGCGUGGUUGUGUGGGUCCAGAUAUCGUUGUGUAUAUCCAGGAUCACGAGAUUCCGGAGAUGGGACAAUCUCAGGAUCUUGUGUACAGUGCUCGCCUGCACGACACUCUUGGUAUUGUGAUACCGCGUGCUAGGGGCUCUUCCAAGGAGAGAGUAUUGAGACAUGUCGUAUGGGCUAUUGAUUCUAUCGUGAUGAGCACACGUUGCCAAUAA